AUGGGUGGUGAUCAAGAAUCAUAUGUCUUCAUCCGGGAUCCGGAGUACGCAUGGAUCCCAGCCAUCAAGACUGGCAAUGACGACAAAAAGGCUUUCGUGAAGGUUCCAAAAUAUCGUGAUGAACAAUCGAUUCUUUGUGACGGUGGAUCAGGUGCCAAGGAAUGGGAAGAAGAUAGCGUUCCCUUGAAGGACUACAACAAGGGCGUUCUUCCUUUGCAAAACGUUGACGGAGCGGGUCACUUGAAGCCUUUCCCUGAUAUGUGUCAGCUCACAUUUUUGCACGAGGCUGGUAUCUUGUACAACUUGAAAUACCGUCACGGAAAGGGAUUGCCUUACACUCGUACUGGAGAUAUUAUUAUUGCCGUCAACCCUUUCCAAUGGUUCACUGAUAUCUACACCGAAAAGGUCCGAAAUCGUUAUUCUCGUAUCUUGGUUUGGGAAUACGAUCCUGAUGCUGGUGGUGGUGAUCCUCGUGAUGACGUGGAUCCUCACGUCUACGAGACUUCCUCUCUGUGUUACACUGGACUUGCCUUUGGGGGUAAGGAUCAGUCUAUCCUUGUCUCUGGUGAAUCUGGUGCUGGAAAGACCGAGACUGUGAAGAUUGCCAUGAAUCACAUUGCUAGUUGUCAGCAAGGACCUAAUGCUGGUAGCAUGGAAACCUCUCCCAUCCUUGAGCGUGUUGUCCGAUCCAACCCUCUCCUUGAGGCCUUCGGAAACGCCAAGACUGUCCGUAACGAUAACUCCUCUCGUUUCGGAAAAUACAUUCAGCUUCAGUUUGAUAUGGGUACCAAGGCUGAGCAAGAAUUCCGUUCUCGUGACAAGGCCACUUGUACACUUGCCGGAUCCAAGUGUGAAGCCUACUUGUUGGAGAAGAAUCGUAUUUCUGAGCACGGACCUGGUGAACGUACCUACCAUAUCUUCUACCAAAUCAUUGCUGCAAAGGAUAAGACCACCUACUGGAGCAAACUUGCUGGAACUACCAACGAACAAUUCAUGUUUGUUGGUGAAGCUUGCACCACCACCAUCGAGGGCAUGUCUGAUGCCGAUCACUUUGCCAACACAGUAACAACGCUUGGUGAGGUUGGUGUUGUUGAUGAUCAACUCAUGACCCUGAUGCAAGCGAUUAUCAUGGUGCUUCAAAUGGGAAACAUCACUUUCGAGCCGAAGGCAGGAGAUGAUGAUAAGUCCGAGGUUUCCAGCAAGAAGGAAUUUGCCGAUCUCUGUGAGCUUAUGUGCAUCGAUCAAAAUAUCCUUGAAGUCUGUUUCACAGAGAGAACCAUGAAAACCCGUAACGAAACAUACAAGGUCCCAUUGAACCCCAAGGUCGCCCGUGAAGCCACCGAGUCUUUUGCCAAGGAAAUUUACAGUCGUGCUUUCUUGUGGCUUGUGCGUUGUAUUAAUGAUGCCACUGCCGCCGAAUUGAACUACAAGUCGGGAUCCAUGAAGGAUUUCGGCAUCAUUGGUCUUCUUGAUAUCUUCGGUUUCGAGUCAUUUGUCCGCAACCGUUUCGAGCAACUUUGUAUCAACUACUGUAACGAGAAGCUUCAAGCCAAGUUCACAGAGGACAUUUUUCGCUCUGUGCAACUGGAAUACGAGAAGGAGGGUAUUCCUCUUGAUGAGAUCUCUUACGAUGAUAACACCGAUGUGUUGGAUUUGAUCGAAGGAAAGACUGGUCUUCUUGCUAUGUUGAAUGAAGAAUGUGUCCGUCCUAAGGGAGAAGAUCAAGCCUUCGUCACCAAGGCUCUUGCUGCGAACAAGAAGUCCCCUUGUUUGUUUGCAAACAAGACCAACAGACGUGGAUUCGGUAUUCACCAUUACGCUGGAAAGGUGCUUUACGAUGCUGAAGGAUUCGUCAGUGCCAACCAAGAGACACUUCCCGCCGACUUGUCUGAAGCCGCUUCUCUCUCUUCGAACGAAAUUCUUGCGAAGCACAUGACCAACGACUCGUGUACUAACUUCGACAACAAGAAGGCUGCAGCCGCUGAACCUUCGCGUGGUGCACCAAGAAGAGCCAAGUCUAAUCUUGUUUCGCCAACCGUGUGGGCGAAAUACAAGGGUCAACUUGCAUCGCUGAUGGCAAUGUUGAAAACAACGAACUCUCGUUACAUCCGUUGUAUCAAACCAAACAAGCCCAAGAAGCCCGUUCUUAUGCAACAUGUCACUACCAUUGAACAGCUCCGUUGUGCCGGUGUUGUCGCUGCUGUCACACUUUCUCGGUCUGCUUUCCCUAACCGCAUGGACAACAGUGUUGUUCGAUUCAAGUUCUGGCAGAUGUGGGACAAGGAGAAGUUCCCAUCUAAGGGAACUAAGGAUAUGGAUCAACCAGUCAAGCUUCAGCAUGAUUGUCAGGCUUUAUUGGCUUGUGCACUUGCACCACUUGCUGAGAAUGAUCCAAAGACAGGCAAACCAGUCACUAUUUUCUGUGUUGGAAAGACAAGGUCUUACUUCAAAUUCGGAGCCUUGGAAUUCCUUGAAUCUCACCGCUCUGCUGGACUUGAUGUUCAUGCCAUCCAAAUGCAGCGUGUUGCCCGUACUUUCUUGGCCCGCAAGAAGCUUGUCGGUAGUGCCAAGGCCAGAAAGGAGGGUGUAUUCAUCAUCCAGAGAUUCUGUCGUUGUGUCAAGGCUAAGAAGGAGGCCAAGAAAGAGGUCGAGAAGAUGAAGAUUGUUCAAGCAAAGCGACUCGAAAAGCAGGCCAAGGAAGCCGAAGAAAAGGCUUUCGAACAGCAAUUGAAGGCCGAAAUCGAGGAUCGCGAGUAUUCUGCCAAAAAGGAAUACAACAAGUACGAUCAACGUUUGGACGAAGUCGCAGGGCAAAUCAAGGAGGCUGAAGGUCGCUUCAAGGAACGCAAGGAUGAGGCUGUUGAACGUGUUGAAUCGGCCAAGACUGAGGCUCAAGAACUUCGCGACAAACUCGAGAAUGAGAUCAAACCAGCAGCAAGAGAACCAGCUAAGCAAGCUGCUGCCCAAAAGACCAAGCUCGAAGAGAGUGGAAAAUUGAUUGCGUUCUUGCAAAAGGAGAACAAGAAGUUGAAGAGCGCUAACGACAAGGCCAAGAAGGAGAUGAAGAAGGUCAAGGAGACCAACGAGAAGCUUGUUGCAUCCAACGAAUCGGCUGGUCAAUCUUUCGAAAUGUUGAAUGAUCAAUCGAAGAAGAUGUCUAACAACACUUCCGGCGUCAACAAGCAAAUCGAAAAAUACAAGAAAGAUAACGCCUCACUCCGAGAGGACUUGAAGAAGAAGCAAGAAUUCUACAACGCAGAAGCGCAAAUUCGAUUGCAAUACCAGAAGACUUUGGCACAAAUCUUGGAUGUCUUCCAAGACAAUUGCAAAGAUGCUGACCUUGUGGAGGACGUUGUCUGUGUUGCUCUUGAGUGCGAGUCUGAGGCAAAGGCACUCUUGGCUGCCGCCGAAGCUGCUGCCCCUGGCAUGUAA